AGCGAAGUCCACUUCCGCGCGCCACUGUCAUCUUCAAUGUCCUACCAACGUCCUCGCAAAGUUGUUUUGUCCAAAGAGCAACUGGAAGCCUUCCAGGCGUCUCAGACGCACAAAGACAUUGUUUCUUUUAUCGAGAGCCUGAACACCGCUGUUAUUGGAGUUAAAUUGACCGAUCCAGUCGCUGAAUCUCCUGGCGUCCUCGCCGUCUUGGAUGUUCUUGAUAAAGUAGAGGGUAUUGCAAAGGACACGCCUCCUGUUGAUAAUAAGGCGUCGCGGUUCGGGAACCCUGCGUUCAGAACAUUCUAUGACAAAGUACAAGAGAAUGCAGAGGUUCUACAUGCUCGCCUUCCAAAUCUGCCCAAGGAAGCCAUUCAAGAAAUCUCCGUGUAUUUCUGUGAAUCCUGGGGCAACAGGACGCGUAUCGACUAUGGAAGCGGAAUGGAACUGAACUUCUUGUGCUGGCUGAUAUGCCUUGAGCGACUCGGAGUUCUUCAGGCGUCAGAUCAUACAUCAGACGUGAUUAAAAUAUUCUGGAGAUAUGUUCAAGUCAUGCGGGUGCUUCAGUCGACCUAUUGGCUGGAGCCUGCUGGAUCUCAUGGUGUAUGGGGAUUGGACGAUUAUCACUUCUUGCCUUUCCUUUGGGGAGCAGCGCAACUGAAAGGUCAUAAGUAUAUUCGCCCGAAGGCCAUCCAUGAUCCUGAGAUAGUUGAGGAGUAUUCAAAACAUUACAUGUACUUUGCAUGCAUACAAUUCAUCAAUUCAGUCAAAUCAGCGUCGCUGAGAUGGCACUCCCCGAUGCUCGAUGAUAUUUCAGCGGUUAAAACAUGGGAUAAAGUCAACUCCGGUAUGAUCAAGAUGUACCAGGCGGAAGUGCUGGGCAAGCUACCGGUUAUCCAACAUUUCCUCUUCGGCUCAAUCUUGCCCUACGAUGGUCCUCUCCCUCCUCAAUCUCAGAACCCCGAUGACGAGCAUUGGGGUCACGACCAUGCCCGUGGAGAAGAUACCGGCGGCGCCGGCCAAAGAGAGGUCGGAUGGGGAGAUUGCUGUGGUAUUCCUGUGCCGUCUGUCUUCGGUGCUGCCGCCGCCGACGAGAAACGAGACGCUUUUAGACUCUCCGGACCCGGAAUUCGUCCUGUGCCCUUUGAUUAGCAAGUGCUGGUUUGCACCCACGGGCAGCUAAUCCUGUCAGUCUCAUGACGGUGUAUGUUCGGUACUGUCGUCCCCGGCAGGUUUUAUUCCUGUACACGACUGCGCAUGCUUCGAGCUGUAUAUUUACUUCUCUGUACUAUAUAAGAGACAAUGUACUCCCUGUCUGAAAGAACGAACCCCUCGAGCAGG